AAAUCUUAAUUCAAUAAGACAAUUUUAAAAAAAAGUCAAUUCAAUCUUACAAUUUCAAAAUAAAUCAUAAUGAUUAAGAGACUUUUCUUGAUACUCGUUCUUGUAAUUGUAGCCUAUAACGCUUUAGUUUCUGCUACACCAACUCAAUUUAAAAGAGAUGCGGUUUUUAGAAUGUCGAAAUCUGGGAAAUCAUCUUUGACGGCAAGACAACUCCAAUGCCCGGCAGGAUAUGAUCAAUGUCUUGAUAUGAACGGAUGCUGCCCCACAGGCACGGUUUGCAUACCUCCUAACAAAUGCGACAUUCCAUGCUCCGCUGUCGCUGUAUUUUGCGGUGACGGUACUUGCUGUCCUACGGGCACCGUUUGCGCCUCAGACGGCUCUUGUAGUUAUAGUUACUACUAGUCUUCGAAUUUAUUGAUCCAUAGUGUUUUUAUUUUUGUUGUUUUUUCUUAUAUUUAAUUUAUUUAUUUAUUUUAUUCUAACUAUGAAUGUAUUUUAGUUUAACCUUUAUUUUAUUAGAUAUUAUUUACAAUUAAAUAUUGUUUUACGCAUCUUCAUUAGAGCGCAUAUCGUCUAAUAAUAAAUAAUCUUUUUCUUACUCGACAAACAUAAUACAACGCGUGAUGUAAUAAUGUCUUAAAAAAAAUAAAAAGAAUAUUAUUAUCUCAGUUAU